AUGAACUUCCUGGUGUCGGCGGGGUCGAGCGAGGCGCUGGAGGACGCCACGCGACAGCUGCGGACACUGGUGGACAGAGUGCAGACGCAUCUGCAGAAGAAGGCGCGCGCACGCCCGGCGGUGGAUGCAGCAGGUGCUGAAGCUGCGUACGCUCAGAGGAAUGAGCCACCGACGCACUUCGUUGCGCGCCGUCGAGUGCGGCGGUACCCGGACCACGCGCGGUGGGCGCCGAGAAGUUACCCGACACAGAUGCGUGAAGCAGGAUAUCCGAUGUACGCGGUGCCGUCGCCGCAUGGGAAGGAACAGGGGCAGCAGAUUUCGCGAACUCGACCACGGCAUAUUUAUCAGGGAGCAGCGCCAAACCACUUUGCACAGGCAGAGUACAGUCCGUAUGAGUACGGCGAUGAAGGAGAGGAGAAUGGCGAAGAUUUCGCUGCGUACGACGAAGCUGUGGAUCUCACGAACGAGAAUGCUGGCGCGAACGACUCGUCUGAGUUUGUAGACGUUCCAAGGCAGCACCAGCCCGUUCAUCAACCUCGCAGAAGUCUUAAGCGCCCGCUUAGCACGAUGCGAAGUGAGGGCCCGCCACCGCCAACUAUUUACCGGCAACGAAUGCCGUAUAUUUAUGACUAUGUGUAUGAUGAUGAGGAUGACGAAUGGAUGACCGACGACGAAGAAAUGGCUAUUGCCUAUGGAUACCCCCCACAAUAUCGCCAUGUGGAGAUCCCGGUUGUGCGCCGGCGACGACGAUUUGAUAGUGUUAGUUCG